AUGGGAAAAGCUACUGGCGCAGUGAAAUUGGAGUCUGUACACCCAGGACGAACCCGCUACCUGGUGGUGGUGUCGAGGGUGGGCCGGCAGCGGACUGAGGAGAGCUGCCUCCUCGGCAUCGACUGCAACCACAAGACCACCGUCGGCCUCGUCCUCAGGGUCCUAGCCGACACCUCCAUCACGCUCGACGGCGAUGGGUGA